GUCCUGUCCAGAUACUGGAGCUUGGAGAGUCUUCACUCUGCCACAGCAAUUGUUCUUCCUCCAGGGGGGGGAGAACAAACAGGAAAAUCUCUAACAGAUGAUGUGGGAAGUGAGGAGGACCUGUAUGAGGACUUCCGGAGCUCCAACCACCGCUACGGCCACCCUGGGGGAGGUGGAGAGCAGCUUGCCAUCAAUGAGCUCAUCAGUGAUGGCAGCGUGGUGUAUGCAGAAGCCCUCUGGGACCAUGUCACCAUGGAUGACCAAGAGCUGGGAUUCAAGGCCGGUGAUGUCAUUGAAGUAAUGGAUGCUACCAACAAGGAGUGGUGGUGGGGGAGGAUUCUGGACAGUGAAGGCUGGUUUCCAGCCAGCUUUGUACGGCUCCGAGUAAACCAGGAUGAGCCCAUGGAAGAUUAUCCCCUGAAGGUAGAGGGUGGCAAAGAAGACGACUCCAGCAGUGGAACCCGCCGCUUUGGAAUGGGGCAGACCACCAAAGAUCAAAUGAGGACCAAUGUCAUCAAUGAGAUCAUAAGCACAGAGAGAGACUACAUCAAGCACCUGAAGGACAUUUGUGAGGGUUACAUCAAGCAGUGCCGCAAAAGAGCUGACAUGUUUACAGAAGAGCAGCUGAAGACAAUCUUUGGGAACAUUGAGGACAUCUACAGGUGCCAGAAGAAAUUUGUUAAAGCACUAGAGAAGAAAUUCAACAAAGACCACCCACAUUUGAGUGAGGUCGGCUCAUGCUUCUUGGAAUAUCAAACAGAGUUUCAGAUAUACUCUGAGUACUGUAACAACCACCCCAACGCCUGCAUGGAGCUGUCCCGCCUCACCAAAGUCAACAAGUACGUCUACUUCUUCGAAGCCUGCCGCCUGCUGCAGAAGAUGAUCGACAUCUCCCUGGAUGGGUUUCUGCUGACUCCCGUGCAGAAGAUCUGCAAAUACCCACUGCAGCUGGCGGAACUCCUCAAAUACACCAACCCCCAACACAGGGAUUUUAAAGAUGUCGAAGCUGCCUUAAAUGCCAUGAAGAACGUUGCUCAGCUCAUCAACGAGAGAAAGCGGCGGCUGGAGAACAUUGACAAAAUUGCUAAGUGGCAGAGUUCCAUAGAAGACUGGGAGGGUGAAGAUGUCCUAGUCAAAAGCUCAGAACUCAUCUAUUCUGGGGAAUUAGCCAAAAUCUCCCACCCUCAAGCCAAGAGUCAACAGAGGAUGUUCUUUCUCUUCGAUCACCAGCUUGUCUGCUGCAAGAAGGACCUUCUGCGUCGGGACAUCUUGUAUUAUAAGAGUCGGAUCAACAUGGAUGAUAUGGAAAUACUGGAUGUAGAAGAUGGGAAGGACAAGGACUUCAAUAUCAGUGUGAAAAAUGCAUUUAAGUUGCACUGCCGAGACACUGAGGAAGUCCACUUAUUCUGUGCAAAAAAGCCUGAGCAGAAACAGCGCUGGCUGAAGGCAUUUGAGAAUGAAAGGAGACAGGUUCAGCUUGACCAGGAGACAGGUUUUUCAAUCACAGAGGUACAGAAAAAGCAGGCAAUGCUGAAUGCCAGCAAGCAGCACCAUACUGGGAAGCCUAAGGCUGUCACCAGGCCAUACUACGACUUCCUGAUGCGUCAGAAGCAUCCCACCCUGCCUACUACGCUCCCUCAGCAGCAAGUCUUCAUGCUGGCAGAGCCCAAGCGCAAGCCCUCGAACUUCUGGCAGAACAUCAGCAGGCUGACGCCCUUCCGGAAAUAAGGGCAGCCCCGUGUUUGUGCCUGAACCCCUUCUGAGAAAGCACUUUAUCCGUCAGUCCUGGGAGGUGGAGCCCAGGUUCUUCCAAUCCUUUGUUUACAGAGGAUGGCACGUGUGCUCCUGCCUUCCCUAUUUAUUUUGCAGAGCGACUGACCACACUGGCUGAGGUGAGACACUGUGCGUGUGCUUGCACACACGUGUGCAUUUGUGCCAGUCCCAUCGAGCCAGCCUUGCACAGAGCCCAAGAGGCAAACUUCCAGGAAGAGCUCACAGGAGGGAGCCUGACGUGAUGCAUCUAAAAAGAUUUUGCUUGUCAGCUGUCCUUUGACUCACUCCUCCUGCUGUGAACACUACUGCUGUCUGGCAGCUGC